AUGGCGGAACUCAAGAGAAUUGAAAUCACUCAAGGCUGGAAGUUCAAACAGGCCAGCAGCCUCAACAACUCCACGGCCUCUUCUUUUCUGCCUGUUGCCCAGUUCCCGACCGUCGCUCAUAUUGAUCUCCUUCACCACGAGCUCAUUCCGGACCCAUACAUCGACUCGAAUGAAACAAAAUGCCUUUGGGUCAACGAGGCGGAUUGGACGUACUGUACGUCGGAGAUACCCAAUCUCAACCUUUCGAAUCCCAAUGAGCACGCCGUUCUUGUCUUUGAGGGCUUAGACACAGUCGUUGAUGUAUUCCUCAAUGGUGAACAUAUUCUGGCAAGCAAAAAUAUGCAUCUGGCGCAUAGGGUCGAUGUCACUGAACUUUUGAAACGGGCUGAGGGCAAAAGCUCGCUGGAGCUGCGUUUCAAGAAUGCGCCUGCGAUUUCACGAGAGGAAAAAAGCCGCAUUGGAUAUAAGGGCAACGAGACGGAUGUGCAUUUUGGUGGUCCAGAGAGGUUGUUUCUGAGAAAAGCGCAGUACCAUUGGGGCUGGGACUGGGGACCGGCGGUCAAUACUUCGGGCCCCUGGAAGCCCAUCUAUCUCGAGAUCUUUGAGACCAGAAUUGAUGAGCUUCUCAUUCGCCAAGAGGUUUCGGCAGAUUUGAAGACGGCAGUUUUGAACGUCAAAGGGAGCGUUGAGCAUCCUUCUCCGAACCAAGAAGUCAAUCUUGAACUGCUUGCUCCUGCUGGGUCCCGUAUUCAGAGCCACAUUCUGAAAGCAGUUGGUACCCGAUUUGAAGCCAGCAUUACCAUCAACAACCCUGAAUUGUGGUAUCCUUAUACUUACGGAGACCAGCCUCUCUACACCGUGACUGUCCGGCUUCCCAAACAAGACAGCAGAAGUCAAUCGAUUGGUCUUCGUCGCCUUAGACUACUCCAACACUCACUUCAGAAUGCGGAGGGAACAUCAUUUGUCUUCGAGAUCAACAAUAUCCGCAUAUUUGCGGGUGGCUCAUGCUGGAUUCCUGGAGACUUCAUGCUACCACGCAUGACGCGCCAGCGCUAUUCAGACUGGCUGCAACUUGCAAAGUCCGGGAACCAGAGCAUGAUCCGUGUUUGGGGCGGAGGCAUCGUCGAAACCGACGACUUUUACGACAUCUGUGACCGAGAAGGGAUCUUGGUGUGGCAGGAUUUCCUCUUCGCCUGUGGCAACUAUCCGGCUUCCCAAGAUUUCAUGGAAAACGUCAAAUUGGAAGCGGAGGAUCAGUUGAGGCGUGUGGGCCAUCAUGCGAGCCUGGUACUCUGGGCGGGCAAUAAUGAAGAUUACCUACUGGCUGAAAGAUGGGGCUGGGAACUUGAUAUGACGGACGAAAAAGGACCGUGGGAUCAGACAGAUUUCCCAGCCAGAGAAAUCUAUGAGAGAUUACUUCCUCGUCUGGUAGAGGAACUGGGCGGUGAUGUUCCAUACUGGAGGAGUAGUCCUUACGGUGGAUCUUAUUCAAAUGACACCACUGUGGGAGACACGCAUAUCUGGGACGUCUGGCAUGGAAAAUUGUCACCCUACCAAGACUACAAGAACUAUACUUCUCGCUUCAUCAGCGAAUUUGGAUUUGAAUCUUGUCCCUCCUUGCGCACUCUGCACCGAGCCAUCACCGAUUCUUCGGAAAGGCACGCCCAAUCCCGAACCUUUGACAUCCACGACAAAGGACCCGGGCACACUCGCCGUUAUCCCAUGUACAUGGGCGAGAAUUUCCGUUUCCGCAUGAACCCACUCCGAGAUUUCGUCUAUUGCACUCAGUUCCUGCAAGCCGAUGCCAUGGCAUACGCGUACAAUUGCUGGCGCCGAGAAUUCCGAGGCCCUGAGCAAGAAUAUUGCGCUGGGGUGCUUGUGUGGCAGCUGAAUGAUAUCUGGCCGGGCUCUAGCUGGGCCUUGGUAGAUGUUGACUUGCAGCGCAAGCCCGCCUAUUAUGUCACGAAAAGAGCUCUAGGGAAAUUCGUCGUCGGCAUGGAGCGCACCGUUACAAAAGAACCACCAUACAUUGUGACUGGGUAUCUACCAGAAAAGCAUGCCUUGGACGUCUGGGCCGUGAAUGGCACUCUGGAGCCACGAAAAGCAACUCUUAAACUGAGCGCCUAUGAUAUUCGAUCUGGCUCUCGCGUUUCACUGCCCAAAAAUGUUGAAGAGCAGAACUUGGUGCUUCCACCUAAUCGAACAACCGAAAUCACGAGCAUCAAUAUCCCAGAUCCGGACAACACUGUCGUUGCCGCCUACAUAGAUGAUAGUGACACCACUGAGCGUCUUGCACGUUGGGUUUCUUGGCCUGAGCCCCUCAGGCUGCUACACCUUUCUCCAGAUCUACUUAUCAAUACUAGAAUUUCGGAGUUGGGCGACAGGGUCUUCGUCAGUGCAAACGCCCCUGUGAAAGGAGUGGUGCUCUCCGUGCCCAUGACCGAACUAGGCGAGGAUGCAGUUUUCGAAGACAAUUUUGUGGAUUUGGUUCCUGGCGAGACGGUGGAUAUCGGUGUCCAUUCGCUUCAGGGCCGGAGUGUGCAAACGCGUUUUCUGUAUGACUGGGAGAUGGAGGAGGGCUUUGAGCUGUAA